CCCUUUGAGUCUUAUUCCUUCACAAACACAUCAUCAAUCAAGUUGCAAGAGUUAGCAUGGUGUUCCCAAUGGUGCUCCUAAGGCUUGUAGAUUGGGUCUUGUAUCAGUUGCUUGCUAACUCAUGUUAUAGAGCAGCAAGGAAAAUGAAAAGUUAUGGGUUUCAUUUGGGCUAUUUGUCAUCAAAACCACCCCAUCAACCGUGUUCUUUUCCUAGCAUAACCAAAUGUGAUUUGGAGGAUAGAGGGUCCCAAACUCUUGCUUGUGACAUUCAUAGCGUCUUGUUAAGGUCACACUCUUUCUUUCCUUAUUUCAUGCUGGUUGCCUUUGAAGGUGGCAGCAUUUUCAGGGCAUUUCUCUUGCUUUUGUCUUGUCCUGUGCUGUGGAUUUUAGACCAUGAGGUAAAGCUCAGGGUCAUGACCUUCAUCACCUUUUGUGGGCUAAGAAUAAGUGACAUGGAAAGUGUUUCAAGGGCUGUUUUGCCAAAGUUUUAUUUAGAGAAUCUCAACCUUCAUGCUUAUGAGGUUCUGGCUUCAGCAGGGUCCAAAGUUGUCUUCACAAGUGUGCCUAGAGUUAUGGUAGAAGGUUUUCUCAAGGAGUACUUGAGUGUCGGCGCUGUUAUGGGCACAGAGUUGCACACUGUUGGUUGCUACUUCAGUGGCUUGCUCUCAGGUUCUGGCUUACUUGUCAAGCACAGAGCACUAAAGGAUUAUUUUGGAGAUAGAAAGCCUGAUAUUGGAAUCGGAAGCUCAAGUGUUCAUGAUCAUCUUUUUAUCUCACUUUGCAAGGAAUCUUAUGUGUUGAACAAUGAAGAGGGCAAGAACAAUUCAAGCUCAGUGAUGCCAAGGGACAAGUAUCCAAAGCCCCUAAUAUUUCAUGAUGGAAGACUAGCAUUCCUGCCUACUCCCUCAGCAACUCUCUACAUGUUUAUGUGGCUUCCAAUUGGAAUUCUUUUGGCCAUUUAUAGAAUCCUUUUGGGUAUUUUAUUUCCAUAUGGAUGGGCAAUGACAUUAGGAGUUUGGAGUGGCAUAGAUUUGCAUGUCAAAGGUUGUAGCCUUGAAAAAUCAAAGGAAAACAAAGGGGUCCUCUAUGUUUGCUCCCACAGGACUCUCCUUGAUCCUGUUUUCCUUAGCACAUGCUUGGCUAAGCCUUUGACUGCAGUCACAUAUAGCUUAAGCAAGGUGUCAGAAUUGAUAGCCCCUAUUAGAACAGUGAGACUAACAAGGGACAGAAAACAAGAUGGUGAAACCAUGCAAAGGCUUCUAAGAGAGGGUGAUUUGGUGGUGUGUCCUGAAGGAACAACUUGCAGGGAACCAUAUUUAUUAAGGUUCAGCUCACUGUUUGCAGAAUUGGCUGAUGAGAUUGUGCCUGUGGCUGUGAAUGCUCAUGUGAGCAUGUUCUAUGGGACCACUGCUAGUGGGUUGAAAUGCUUAGACCCUAUUUUCUUUCUCAUGAAUCCAAGGCCUAGCUAUUACAUUCAUAUUCUUGGAAAGGUUCCUAAAGAACUUACAUGUGCUGGAGGAAGACCAAGCUGUGAAGUUGCAAACUAUAUACAGAAACAGUUAGCUAAUGCUUUGGGAUUUGAGUGUACCACACUCACAAGGAGAGAUAAGUACAUGAUGCUAGCAAGGACUGAAGGUAUUGUAAAAGAGGAUAAGUGGAGUUGA